AUGGCUGAUAGCCUUACAGUCCAAUACAUGCUGAGUCGUAUACAAGAACGGCUAAGAGAACAAGACCAGGGCUACGAUACAAUCACACAGAAUGACAUACAUGAAAUGACUGCAGAAGACUCGGCUGAACCUGUCGCAAAGGCAAUGGCAACGAUACAGACACUUUCCGAGGGCACGCAACAGGCCGUUGGUACGUUAAUGCAGGAGGUAGCACCAGAAAUAGUAUCAAAUGAAGCUGCAAUUCUGCCUGAGCUUCUGAACGAAGAAGAGCAAAGUGGAGUCCCGCCUAUUUCUCCAAAACCUGACCUAAGAGCGGAGGUACUUCAGCUUGAGGAACAAUAUGCCAAGAUUGCCUCCCAGCUAGAGCGCUUGAAUAAAGACUACAAAGACCUAGAGAGGGACCAUCACUCUGUGUGUGGGACCUUGGAGAGAUCACAGAAAACAAACGACGCUCUAGCUUCCCAGGUCGUAGAACGAGACGACCAAUUGAAGAGAUUGAGCUCUGUGAAUAGUCAGCGAGAACAGUCGUCAGUCCGCGAGCUCGAAAACAAGAUUUCCCAGCAAGAGGAGCUCAUUUCCAGGCAUGAGAGCGACCUUACGAAGGCGCACACCCAGCUGCAAGAGUCUCAACGCGAAAAGAAGAAAUUGUUUGAGGAAAGCGAUAGGCUUCAAAAGCUUCAAGAUGACUACGACGCAACGAAGCUGGAGCUUGAGAAGCAAAGCCGAAAAGCCAAUACGGUCGACAAGUAUGUGCAGAAACUCCAAACAAGUCAGGCUGCAGAGAGAGAAAGAGACGCACUACGGCAGGAGCUAGAGGAGGUUCGCACGGAGAUAGCUUCUGCGGCAAGUCUUCAAAGGGAAAAUCUAAAGCUACAGAAAACAAACGAUGAAGUGAGCCGAACACUCGCCCAGAUUGAGCGGGAACACGGAGAGCUACACGUGUCCACGAAACAGCUUCGUUUAAAAUGUGGAAGGCUUUCACAACAAGUAGACGAUCUUAACGAAAGAUUUGCUCAGGAUCAAGAGACUAUUGCCGAGUUCAGAGAAACCAAAGGUGACGUUCCAAAUCCCGCUUCACCAACGAAUAAUAACCAGUUGGAUGGCGAAUUACUCAUGUCUUCCGAACGUGAUACCGACUUAAAAUCGCGCCUCUCAACUUUAGAGAAGGACCUUGCAGAUCGAGAUGCAACAAUCACGAACCUUCGACAGGAACGAGACGAAGCUAAAGCCACUUCAGAUGAACAUUCCAAGGAGCUACGGAAAUUGCAACAGGAUACUAUCGUUAUAGAGAAUUCAUUUAACCAGGUUCAUCACGGACAUCCUGUAGAAGGGACUGAAAUAUUCAGACGUAUGCGCGACCAAUGCAAUACUGCUGAAGCCCAGCGAUCACAAUUAGACAAUAACAACAACACACUAAGAGUAGAAAUCCAGCGUUUGAGGAAUGAAAGAGAGGCUCCUCCACAUAACCCAAGAAGCUUUAACGGCACAAGUGAGAGCCAAACGUUCGAGGAGCUCAAGCGACAGGACCUUGAAAGCCUGACUCUUUCACCAUCCAAAAAUGAGGCUAGGAAGCAGGACCGGGAGGUAUGGAAGGGCGAGACGGAUGAGGGGCCUCACCACGAGGUGCUUAAUAAGGCAAACUUAACGAAAGACCUCACAGAUGGGGAGCCGACAAACAUUCUCAAGGAGUCACGCGAUUCCUCGGUUGAGCAAAGCAAGGUGGAUGAGAUGGACAACAGAGACGCCAGUGACACAUUCGGCUAUAACGAAGCUCACUCAAGCCGCCCAAGGGACAUCAACAGUCUCGAGCCCCAAACUCGCAGCUAUAUUCAGAAUCUAGAGCUUGAGACUCGACUUAUGGCAUCAGCCUAUCACGACAUAUCGAGCAGGCUACAAAUGCACAAUGUGACCCUUCAGCGUCGAGCUGAACCGCCAAAGAACUGGCUAGGCCGUCAGCGAAGAGCCCUCGAGGGUCCAAUCGGGCUUGCUCGAUAA